ACCCGUCCCCGCUCCCCACCGCGUAGCCCCCCUCCCCUUCGUUAGCAGUCCAAAAACCCUCGGAGGCGAAGCGAGGAGAGGACAGCAAUGGCGGAGGCGAGCCGCAGCCACCCCUCGCAGUACGUGAGGCUGAACAAGGACCAGGACGCUUCCGCCUCCGGCCCCGGCUUGGAGGACAUCCGCCCCGGCGAGCUCAACCUGCCCGUCAUCGUCCCGCAACUGCGGGAGAGGAAGUGCACCGAGUGCGGGCAGGUGCUGCCUCCGGACAACCGGGCUCCGGCCGACGAGCCGUGGACAACCGGCAUCUUCGGGUGCGCCGAAGACCCUGAGAGCUGCUGGACUGGACUAUUCUGCCCCUGUGUGUUGUUUGGACGAAAUGUUCAGGCCCUUAGUGAAGACAUCCCAUGGACAUUGCCCUGCAUUUGCCAUGCUGUCUGUGUUGAAGGUGGCAUUGCAUUGGUUAUCCUUACGUCUCUAUUCCAUGGUGUUGACCCAGACAUGUCGAUCCAGAUUGGUGAAAGUCUGGUCUGCGGUUGGUGGAUGUGCUCUCCUUAUACUAGUAUUAAGAAGUGUCAGAAGAAAUAUCGUCUCAAGAACUCUCCAUGCUAUCCUCCCAUAGUCCACUGCUGCUUCCGCUUGUGCGCGAACUGUCAGGAGCAUCGUGAAAGGAAAGGCCACCUCGCAGAAAGCAGUGCUGUUCCAAUGAACAUAGUCAACCCACCGUCGCUGCAAGAGAUGAGCAUGGCCGAGAACAACGCUCCCACAUCCGAGAAUGAAGUGUCAAAGGCCGAGCAUGAUGAUGUGGAGGUCAUGCCUCUCUAG